AUGUAUCUCCAGCGGCAGCCGGGUCCUUAUAAUCUCAAGGGACUUGACAGGAUGCAGGGAUCCAUAUUGGGCGAAUUGGCGCUCCAGGACAGAUUCACGAUCGGAGACUUGGCGUGGAUGCUCCAGGAAAGAGUCCAAACGCCAGCCACGCCCGCCCCUUUGCCACUCACUGACAGGCUACAGGAGCAGACAAUGACACAUGGGAUGGAUGAGAGGCUAUUGAGUGAAGCGCUGGGUCGGGGGGCAGAGGAUGCCGAGAGGAUGCAGCUUGAGCUGCCCUCGGAUGCAGGCGCCAAACGGAUAAGCGGUAUUGAGAGGCGCGCUAUUGAGAUGGCGCUCGGGACUGGAGGCUAUCUACCCAUGGAAUUCUUCUGGUUUAGGGCUACCACAUCACCAUUCCGUCCAGAUUCGAACAAACGGAUGAUGCUAGCAGGGAAGAAGCCAGCCGUAUCGUUUCCACAAUGGCUUGACAGGAUCACGGAUAGCAAGCCAAAAGUGCGGGUGGCAGCCUCGCCUCACUUUUGGCGGCGACCCGUAAUUAUUCUUUUCCUGAAGCUGUUCUUGGAGGUCCCUUCGGGUAACUUUGGCCGAUGA